GCCGCCGCUACUUGUAAGACUCUCCCCUCCCCUCCUGUUCCGCCGACCUCAAUCAACAUCUUCCUCGUCGCCGCCGUUUCAGGUCCACCGCGCCGUCCCGUCAGCCAUGGAGGAGUACCUGGAGAACAUGAGGUCUCUCCGCUCCUACAUGAACGAUCUGGAGGAGGACGCCGCGAAGCGGUGCGCGGAAGAGCAGCAGCAGCGCACAGCCAUCGAAGCCCACGACGCUGACAUCGCGCUAGUGAGGGCGCAGGCAAAGCAGGCAAGCGAGGUGGCUGGGAAGCUGGCCACAGCAAGGGCGCAGGUAUACGUGGACAUGACCGAGAAGCAGGGCAGGAUCGCCACGCUAGAUGUCGAGUGUGCCACGCUGAGGCAGACCUUGGAGCUCCUCCAUCAGGAAAUUGCGAGUGCAUCUGCCAAUCUUAAUGAGAAAAGACUGUUCUACAGAAAGACAGCAGAAACCUUGACUGUCAAACUACAGGAGCAACAGGAAUGGCUUGGUUCAUUGAAGAAUAAGAGUACUACAAUGGAGCCACAUGUUACCGCAUCUCAGAGCAAGCAAACCUUCAUUGAAGGGGAGAGAGAGGGAACCUUUAACUCAGAAGGCAGCCUGGAUAAGUUGGGAAGUAAUGUUGGGAAAAACCAUAGGGAACUCUACACCCGACUGGAGUCAGCUCAGCUGAAGAUAGAAGACAUCAAUUCAAAAAGAUCAACACUUCUUUCAGAAAUCAGCAAAGUCAAGCAGAGUCUAGAGCAAGAGAAAAACAUAUUUUCUGGCUUUCCUGCCGCGCUACAGCAGAUGGCUAUGAAGUCAUUGUGUGAGGAAUAUAAUGCUCUGCAAGGUGAUAAAGUUGGAGAAAUUGAGUACUUCCACUCUCUUGAAGAAACUAUUAUUGGCAUGAAGGGCGUUUCUGAACCUGUUAAAUGCCGGUGUGGACUGGAGUACAUGGUAGAACUGGGUGGCGAAGACAUGGAUCUAAGCUAAACUCUUGCAUCAAAAGAUAACAGCAACAAUCUGUUCUCGACUUGUAUAUCCGUGAACGUAGAACAGAUCUUGGCAACUUGUACAUUGUAAACAUGGAAGACUACCACAACGAUUACCAAACUUAAGAGAAACCGUGGGUGAUCAAUGGGGACGUGAGAUUCACUCAUUCACAUGUAGGGAUCGAAAGAAAACUUAGCAGAA